CCUGGCGAGGCGUGGGCGGGGCCCGGCGCGGCGUCAUUUCCGGGCAGGGGCGCCCGCGGCGCGGAGGGAUGUUUUACCACAUCUCCUUGGAACAUGAAAUCCUGCUGCAUCCCCGUUACUUCGGGCCCAACCUGCUUAACACAGUGAAGCAAAAGCUCUUCACCGAGGUGGAGGGGACCUGUACGGGCAAGUAUGGCUUCGUCAUUGCCGUGACUACGAUCGACAACAUCGGGGCAGGCGUGAUCCAGCCGGGCCGGGGCUUCGUCCUCUACCCGGUCAAAUAUAAGGCCAUCGUUUUCCGGCCUUUCAAGGGGGAGGUCGUGGACGCCAUGGUGACCCAGGUGAACAAGGUGGGGCUCUUCACCGAGAUCGGACCCAUGUCCUGCUUCAUCUCGCGGCACUCCAUUCCCUCCGAAAUGGAAUUCGACCCCAACUCCAAUCCGCCUUGCUACAAGAGCGUGGACGAGGAUAUCGUCAUCCAGCAAGAUGAUGAAAUCAGACUGAAGAUUGUGGGGACGCGAGUGGACAAGAACGACAUUUUUGCUAUCGGAUCGCUCAUGGACGACUACCUCGGCCUCGUCAGCUGAAGCGUCGGACCUGCCACCAGCUGUUCCCUCCGUGCGGGCAGCCAGAGAGGAGCAGGCUGAAGAGGCCGGCCUGCGAAUUCCCGGCUCCUCCUCGCUCGGCAGCCGGGACGGGAAGACCCGCCUCCGCUCUUUCUGCAUUAAAGAGUCCUUGCUACAA